AUGGGAUUCGGAGAUGCAAGUGCCAAAGACAAGAAGGCGGCCGCGGCAAAGGCAAAGGACGAGGCCACAAAGGCUGCGGCCGAAGACGCGGCAUGGGCGGAAACUGACAAAGGCAACCUGAAGAAGGCGGCCAGGGCGGCUGAUUCCGCAGCGAAGGCAGAUGCCAAGCUUGCAGCGAAAGCCGAGCUCAAAGAGAUGGAGAAAGCGGAGGAGGAGGCUAACGCCAGCAUGAAGGGGGCAAACAAGAAAGCGGGCGGCUACGGCAAGGUCACACAAGCCGAGAUCGCCAGAAGACAGGCGUUGAUGGCAGUGGCUGCCAAGGCGAACCCCAAGAAGCAAACUAAGAAAACGGAGGUUGUACCUCAGCCGAAGCUGGAGGCGAACACCAAUCGCAUGGAGGAGGUAGUGGACGCCAGCGGCAUUGACGCAGCCUUGAGCGCGUUGGACGUUGGUGGCGAGAAGAAAUCCAAGAUGACUUAUGCUGAGUUCGAAGCAAGAGAGCUCGACAACAUCAAACAGGAAAAUCCUGGGCUCAAGAUGUCGCAGGCCAAGGAGCGAUGCUUCAAGAUGUGGGAGCGCUCACCGGAGAAUCCCAAAAACCAGGACAAGUGA